CACGGAGCGACUCCAUGCCCAUGUGAUGUGCGUCUAGCGUGUGUAGACUGCGGUUUGGCUCUGUUUGUGGGUAUACCAGAGGCAGUCCCCAACCUAAAUACGAGGUAGUCAACCGCUAAACUACUUUUCUUUCUAUUUCCAAAACGGAUUUCGAGCGUUUGCACUGAUGUAGCGUUAGCAGCUCUUGAACUCAUCCGGAGUCAGUAAUCCCUGAAAAUCAGCUGGAUGCUGACAGUCACUUGGGUGGGGCUGACGCGGAUGACAGUACGCGGGAGCAGAGCUCAGGGAUAAACCAAACCGCACAGGAUUAUUUUAAAGCACCUUGGGCGGUUGGUCCGUGAAGCCAUGACCAAGCCCGAGUCGAAGAAAAGCGGCGUGGCCACGAUCAACGCCACCGGCAAGUGCGCCACAGCCGCAUCCACCGCCGAGCGGGUCAACAACGGCUCAGUUGAUCAGGGCUGUCCGGAUCAGAUCACGCCGAUCAAAGUCAAGGUGAUGAAGCAGACCUCAAGGGAGAGCCUGCACCGGAGAAACACGGAGUGCGAAGUAUAUGACGACGGGACCAACACCUUUUUCUGGCGAGCCCAUACUGUGACAGUGCUGUUCAUUCUGACCUGUGCUCUGGUCUACGUCACGCUGUUGGAAGAGACACCCCAGGACACGGCCUACAACACUAAAAGGGGCAUUGUAGCCAGCAUCCUGGUGUUCCUCUGUUUUGGAGUGACACAAGCCAAAGAUGGACCAUUCACCAGACCGCAUCCAGCUUACUGGCGGUUCUGGCUUUGUGUCACUGUCGUCUAUGAGCUCUUCCUCAUCUUCAUCCUAUUCCAGACGGUGCAUGAUGGACGACAGUUCAUGAAGUACAUUGACCCCAAAUUGGGGGUACCCCUCCCAGAGCGAGACUAUGGAGGAAACUGCCUCAUCUAUGACCCAGGCAACACCACUGACCCCUUCCACAACAUCUGGGACAAGAUGGAUGGCUUUGUUCCAGCUCACUUCCUAGGAUGGUAUAUCAAGACUCUGAUGAUCCGGGAUUGGUGGAUGUGUAUGAUAAUCAGUGUCAUGUUUGAGUUCCUGGAAUACAGCCUGGAGCACCAGUUACCUAACUUCUCCGAAUGCUGGUGGGACCACUGGAUCAUGGAUGUCUUGGUGUGUAACGGUCUGGGGAUCUACUGUGGUAUGAAGACCCUGGCCUGGUUGUCAAUGAAGCCUUACCAGUGGCAGGGCCUGUGGAACAUUCCUACAUACAAGGGGAAGAUAAAGCGUAUAGCAUUCCAGUUUACACCGUACAGUUGGGUGAAGUUUGAGUGGAAGCCUGCUUCAAACCUUCGUCGCUGGCUUGCUGUGUUAGGCAUAAUCUUUACGUUCCUCCUGGCAGAGCUGAACACCUUCUACCUGAAGUUUGUUUUGUGGAUGCCUCCUGAACACUACCUGGUGCUGCUCCGUCUGGUCUUUUUUGUCAACGUGGGAGGUGUAGCCAUGAGAGAGAUCUACGACUUCAUGGAUGACCCGAAGUUCCACAAGAAGCUUGGUCAGCAGGCGUGGCUGGUGGCAGCGAUCACAGUGACCGAGUUCCUCAUAGUGGUCAAGUAUGACCCCAACACCAUCAUGCUGCCCAUCCCCUUCUUCAUUAUGCAGUGCUGGUUACUAGGAAUCCUCCUCAUCUUUACCUGGACUUUAUGGCGGUUUUUCAUCCGUGACAUCACACUCCGCUACAAAGAGACCCGUCGACGCAAACAGGAAGUCCCUGCUGACCGGGACCGCCCUCUGGGAAACGGCAGCACAGCCACCCCUUCUGGGCGAAGCAAGCUGAACGGCAGCUCAGAGACAGUGCGGCAGAGGAAGUCCUGAGGGGGGGAUCGUGGGUCGGAGCCAGUCGGUCAGCAGCUGCUGAAGGGGAAAGGACAAGGUUUGAUGGGAAUAUAAUGAAAAGAAUGAAGGAGAAUCGUCACACAAAGACACAUAUAGAGACAAGCAGAUGGACACGUAUGUGAUGUGUAGACUGAUUUUGUGCCUACAUGAACCAAGUACUCAUUCAACAGAGGCGAGGGGUGGAAGGGGCAAUUUUCAUUUGGUGCAUUGUUUAGUUAUUGUCAUACUACAGGGAUUUACCUCAUUCUAUUUUUUAGGAACAUUUGGGGAAUUAUACACAUGACAAGAUGCGCGUUUGUGUUAUUUAUACAUGUGGGUGAUGAGGGGAAAAAAAGCAGAAUCCAAGACAGGCAGAGUAGUGGAAGGAGGGAUAUAGGUGAACAUGGAAGUAGAUGAGACUCUUGACCAUUAACUGAUGGCAGUUUCCAUUUUCUCAGCUGCACUUAGAAAAGAGGAGAGGAAAGUCAGGAACAUGUCUGCCACUGUAAAUAUGCUUGGUUCAGUUGCAUAAGUGCAGAUGAGAAAAAGGAGACUAUCUACUAUUGGACUAUCUGGAGCAGUUUCUCUAGAUGUAAUGACUGAUGUGGAUUCCGUUCAUUGUCCACUGCUAUGCAGUCUUCAGUAUCAACGGGAGUUUGGCGACAAUAUUGGCAAGCGGCGGUUAAAAUUAAGCAUGGUUACUAAUGACACAUUUCUGUUACGUUCAGUUAAAAUUACACUUUUUUUGGUCUGUUGAUUCCCAUGCAUUUUUCACAGUUAGUAGUGCUCUUUUCUUAGGUUUGGUCCCAGGUUUUGUUUUAUGCAUCGUUUACUUCUUGGAGACAGUAUCAGCUUUUCUUUUACAGUUCAGGUUUCUGAUUCCUGGCAGCACUGAGUCUGGAGGUCCUUGUAACUGCUGAAGAUCCUCCAUUAGUCACAGAGAGGAGAGGAAAACCGGCCAAAGCCGUUUUCUCUUCUCAGGCUUUGUUCUUGAAAAGAACGAGUUUGUAAAAAAGAAAAAAAAAAUCAAGAUGGACCAUAUUCUUGGUAUUUAACUGCUGAUACUAUACAUGAUAAAUGAUAUAGUUUGGGUGUUUUUUUUUUUUGUAGUUGCUUUGUUAUCACUGUUGUUAUUUCUUUAGGGAAAAUUAAUUAUGAACACUAGAUUGUACUCAAGUUCUUUUUUUGUGAAAUGAGAAAUCUGCAGCACUCUAAUGAACAGAUCCACGACAAUCACACUAACAGAAAGCUGCACUCAGUUUCCCUCUGAUAGAGACACGUUGGCUCACAUACAGCUCAGUAAUGAAUGGCAGAGAUCUGGGUGUUUCUCCACUGUCACAGGACUGUAAUUAAGGCUUGGCUCAGCUGUUGGCUCAUUCAGUCACAUCAGAAUGCAAAUUUAAUAAAUGAUUAUUUUUAUGCCAAAUGUUUCUCAGUUAACUCUUGAAUUUUAUUAAAAUUUCAUCUUCUGCUGUGCCUCAAUUAGCUGAAACAAAAUGAGAACCAACCUUAUUUUGAGAGGGAGAAAGGACUGUACAUUUAUGUUGAGGUUUGGGAAGAGAACAAACCUUUCCAGCUCGGUGGGGGGGUUGUCAUAUUGCACAUGCAAUCAGCCAAAGCUUAGAUCUCAUUCUUGCUAAAGCCAUAAAUGCCACCCAAACCCACUUAAGCCACUCAAACCGCUGUUAAACCUCAUUUAGAUUCCUUUUAGUUUCAACUAAAGCAGAGUUUCAAAGCCACUGGGGUCAGUCACGUCAGCGUACGGUUUUUAUGUUACAAACAUAAAUAGACACCCGGAGGUCAGACUGUUGAAACCAAAUUUACCUGAACAAUGAAGGUAUGUCAACAAUUGAAGACCCCCAGCUCUCAUUUCUGUAACACUGGGUGUUUCUGAUGUGAAAUCGUCUUAGUUGCUUUUGAUUUACUUGUCAGUUUCAAAGUUAUUAAAUGUAGAUGAACUUUAACCUUUAGCUGAUUAAUCAAUUUGUUGAUCAACAGAAAAUUAAUCAGCAGUCGUUUUGAAAAUAAUUGUUGAAGUAGUUUUUCAAUCAGAUACGCCCAACAUUCUCUGGUAGCUGCUUCUGUCUUAUGUGAUAGUGAACUGAAUACCUUUAGGUUUCGGCCACUGGUCAGACAAAACAAGAAACACGAAGAUAACAAAUUCUAAAUUGUUAAUCUUCUAAUAACCAUUUUUCACUAUUUUCUGACAUUUUACAGACAAAUGUAUUAGUCAAGAAAAUAACCUGCAGGUUAAUCAAUAAUUAAAGUUGUUGUUAGUUGCAGUCUUAGAUAAAUUAUCCAAAAAUUCCAUAGUGAUACAAAAAAAAGCUUUACAUUGGGGGGGGGGGGGGGGGGCUGGACAAACUGAAAAUAAUGCCCUUGCUGGAUAUUCACACUGUUUCCAGAAAAAAGCUUUGGUCUUUGUCUUCUUCAGGUCUUGUGGCUAUUAGAGAAUCAGUUGUAAACUUCUGUGUGUUACUCAUUGUGUCCCAGUGUCUGCAUACUACAUAGCUGAUGACAACGUAGGAGACAUCCGUGAAUCUAGCUCCAAACUUUCUUGUUGUAAACUAGGCUGGUGUUCAAAGAUACUACAGUUAUUUUCUUGUGAAUGUAAUCCAGCAGAAUCUGCUGUUCAAAGAAGAGGGCCUGGUCAUCAUUUAUCAGUUUAUUUUGCCGCAAACACUACAGUUCUUUAGUUUGUCAUUUAUGCAAAGCUCAUUUUCAUGCUCAUCCAGGCUGUUUGCAUAUUCCUCCCUCUUUUUUGAAUACAGAGAUUGCUGGGCAAAUUUAAACCCCUUAAAAACCUUUAGCUGAUAUGUCAAACUUUGUACUUAUCCUGUGCUGUGCUGAUUCAGUCGCUUGAGAACUUGUUAGAAGUUCAGAAAGUUAGCUUUUUUUCUUCCUUUCUUAAGUGAAAGCGUUUUAGACGUGGGCUGGGGAGUCACUGUGUACCUGUGUUCAUGCCUUGGAUUGUUUGAAGUGCUUUCAUUUGAAAUCACUGUAUACUUAUAACCAACCCAAGUCAUGAAUUUGCACAUUAGCUCUGGAAUUACAAAAUGGUGAAUUCAGAGACUGAACUCAUAAAUGAGCUGGUGAACGAAAUGGGAAUUGGCCCAAAAAAAAACCAAACAAAAAAAAACAAAAAAAAAAAAAACUUAUAUGUGUUUGAAGAUUGGGUGUAGUUUCACUUGCAGCCACACGGGGGUGGUAGAUGUUCUUGUCUCCUCGACAAUGAUCAUUGGCAACUUGCUGUAAAAGCCAUUUUCAACUUGGUUUGUGUAAAUGUGAACAUGUUAAAGAUCGUAAAACUGAAUAUGCUGCUGCACCACAGAAUUUUAUAAUGUUUUCAAUAAAAUCAAAUGAAAACCUGAA